CAUUGAAUGUAGUCGACUGUCACCUUUAUCUCAUAAUCAAAUUCAGCAAGAAUCGGGAUAAAGGUUAACGAGCGAUAUUGGUUCUAGCAACGUCGUUCUGGAGAUUUGCACGAAGAGAAGAGAGAGGAAACUUUUUUAAAAGCGUGAGUAAAGACAAACUCACCAAAGACAUCAGCUUCUGCUUUGAGAAAUGUAAGAUAUUUUGUAAAGGCGGAGGAACAUUUCUGUGGAGCGUUUUGGUAAGAAUUGCCGUGAUCUUUGAAGGAGUUUACCGACAGGUUGCAUGGCUUGGUGCUCGCGGCACGUCUCUAGCCACGGCACGCGACGGAGCGACAGGAGAUCGUUCUCUCAGACCAUUAGGCAGCAGCACUAGAUGAGCUGUCUCAGGACUUGGUGCAUCAUCCUCUUCACGUUCGUUGCAACGCCAGAGACUUGAGACUUCAACGCACCGACUGGGCUUGAACUUCAGUCGAAGAAGAAGAAGGCGGAGUCUUAACUUAUUAAAAGCAACUCGCCGAGGCUCGGUCGCAAACAUGAUGAUGAUGUCUCUGAACAGCAAGCAUGCAUUCGCCAUGGCCCACACCAGUCUGGCCGAAACCAAAUACUCCAGUUUGCAUUCUUCGUCCUCGUCUUCCACUUUGACUUCCAACGCGCCCUCGUCCUCCUGCUCGUCGUCCAGACACAGCAGCACGAUCAGCAGCAGCGGCGGCUCGGAGGCGAUGCGUCGAGCAUGUUUCCCAACCCCACCGAGCAAUAUAUUCGGCGGAUUGGAUGAGAGUUUGUUGGCCCGCGCGGAAGCUCUGGCGGCGGUGGAUAUAGUCUCUCAGACCAAAAGCCAUCAUCACCCUCCUCAUCACAGCCCUUUCAAGCCGGACGCAACCUACCACACCAUGAACACGCUUCCGUGCACCUCGUCGUCUUCGUCUGUGCCAAUCUCGCACCCGUCAGCUCUCGCGAGCCAUCACCACCACCACCAUCACCAUCACCACCAGCCGCACCAGGCACUGGAGGGCGACCUGCUCGAUCACAUCACCCCAGGACUGGCACUUGCUGGAGCCAUGGCCGGGCCAGACGGCUCGGUGGUAUCCACGCCUACGCACCCCGCUCACAUGGCAGGCAUGAACCACAUGCACCAAGCUGCCAUCAACAUGGCUCACGCCCAUGGACUGCAAUCCCACAUGGGCUGCAUGAGCGACGUGGAUGCAGAUCCAAGGGACUUGGAGGCGUUCGCUGAGCGCUUUAAACAGCGUCGGAUCAAACUCGGUGUGACUCAAGCGGAUGUAGGGUCAGCGUUGGCCAAUCUGAAGAUUCCUGGUGUAGGCUCUUUAAGUCAGAGUACCAUCUGCCGGUUUGAAUCCCUCACGUUGUCCCACAACAACAUGAUCGCCCUGAAGCCCAUCCUGCAAGCCUGGCUGGAGGAGGCUGAAAAGUCGCACCGGGAAAAACUCAACAAACCCGAGCUCUUCAAUGGGGCCGAAAAGAAGAGGAAGCGGACCUCUAUCGCGGCCCCCGAGAAAAGGUCCCUCGAAGCUUAUUUUGCUAUUCAGCCGCGUCCGUCCUCAGAGAAAAUCGCAGCAAUCGCAGAGAAGCUGGACCUCAAAAAGAACGUUGUGCGGGUUUGGUUUUGCAACCAGAGGCAGAAACAAAAACGCAUGAAAUAUUCGGCCUGCGUCUAGCUCGACCAGAAGCCCAACACGACGUGUCGAGAGACUCCUAAAACUGUUUAGAGACGAUUUGUAAAAUAUUUCUUAUCUCACACCUUUUUCAGUCAUCAAUAACUUGUGCAUUGAACCAGAAUUUCAUGAUAUUCAAAAGAGACAUUUGAAAAUACCAAAUCACUGUCACGUAUUACGCAAAGGGGAUGUGGAAUCGGAAUCAUUUAAAGGAUCGUUUGACUGAUCAAGUAAGACCAUUCGUUUUUCCUCACUUAUUCUAGCACACUUUCUUUAUAAGAGGAGCAAGGCUCUUUAAACCUUUAAAACUCUUAAACUCUAAGCAUAUUUUAGUAAUUCGCCAGAAAGUGUUAUCGAGCUAAGUAACACAAUUAAUUAUUAUAAACUGAGGGGGAGGGAUACUUCAGGUCAAAAGGGUGACAGUGUCUUGUCAGUAUUUUUUUUUUCUUUUUCUUUUUAAAUAUUUCUUUUCAGCAUGUCACGCUUCAAUCUUGUGUUAAUUCAGGGUUCAUUAGAUAAAAAGAGGACAUCACGAAUUAAGUCCACGAACAAUUCUGCAACAUUAUUAGAUAACACCCAAACAGCUCCUUGUAAAUUAUUGAUUUAGCUGGUACAUGCAUCAUUUUGUCUGUCGUCUCCUUAAUUCCACUUCUUUGAUUUUAAUAAUGAUAAUCAUAGCCUAUAAUUAGGCAAUGGGCGAUAAGAAUAUCCAUAUUUGUCUUCUAAAGGCAUCUUUGCUAUAAAUGAUCUAGAACCUAUUGGAUAUACUGAACACGGGGAGAGGUUCAAUUGUUUUUAGUGAUGGGAUUUGUUCAUCCAAAUAUCUGUUGCAAUACGCCUGCGCUCUAAAGUGGCUAUGUUUCUUAUGAACUAUUUAUCAUGUGAGGUAAUGUUUACUUCAUUACAUAUUUAUUGGGAUUCCCUCCACGUUUUUGCUGGAGAAAAUCAUAUUGAGACAACAAGGAAAACGUGGCCCUCUGCAAAUGGGGAAACUGCUUGAGACAGGCCACCUUUAUUUAUUUAUUUAUUUUCUUUCGUUCUUCUAAGGUUUCGAAAAGGCACAAUCGAGAGAUAUAUGACAACAUUUUCUUUUAAAUUAUUUUCAUGUAUGUUAUCUGCUUAUUUAUUUGUAUAAAUAUACGCGUAUAAUUAUGGAGUCGUUGCUUGUUAAAUUCACAUGUUUAGUAAUGUUUUCUUAUUGAAAAAGAUGAGUUUCAUGGAAUUAUUCACGUAAAAAUGUAAAUAUCUCAUUUGGACAUACACAUAUCCGUAGAGGUAUUUGCUGUAUUGCUGUUUUAGCUGCGGUAACUGUAAUGUAUGUUGCUUUAGGUUUAGUUGUCGGAUAUAAGUUCAUUAAUUUAUUACUUCAAUGUAUAUUUAAGUUGCUAUUUGAUAAUUGAAUUGAACUGUGUGUUUAA